AUGCCCAAAGGUUGGAAAAAAAGGCCAAAAGAUCGGAAAAAAAUGCCAAAAGAUUGGAAAAAAUGACAAAAGGUCGGAAAAAAGUGACAAAAUGUCGGAAAAAAUGCCAAAAGGCCUGAAACCCCCCAAACAAAAGUCAGAAAACAGGUAUUUUAGCAGUUUUUCCGACCUUUUGGCAUUUUCUUCCGACCUUUUGUCACGGACUGGAUAAAGGAGAAAACAAGAAAUGAACACGAGUGUACACGUGAACUUACGAACGGUUUUGAGAAGCGAAAGAAAGCGGCCGAGCGCAGCGGAGCCCGGUUCAGAUUCAAAUGUCUUGUUUCAAAAAUAAACCCGUUAAGAAAAAUUUCAGCGACAACCGAAAGCAAGCCAUCAACUAUCCUAAAUUCUUGGCGAACUAAGCCAAGACGCGCAGUUUUCGACGAGGAAGGAGAUAUAACAACCAGAAGUUCAACAAGCAAGAAAAAGGAAAUUGAAAAUAUGUUCAGGUGAGAUACAGUAAUCAUUCGAAACCUGAUAGAAAGUUUUUGUGCAGCAUACACUAUAAUCGGAAGUUUUCAUCGAGCAGUAUUGAACUACCGGCUGUCGUUCUUCCAACAUCGGAUACGAUAACAAGGGCUCCUUUCUUUUCACGAUCAAACAUCGCGUCUACUCCACAAUAUAUUUUGAUAGUCCUGGCAUAUACAUCCACAUUGGUAACUUCUCUAUUCACUUCUUUCACUAAUUUGUUUCCUAAAUCAAAAUAAUUUUUAUGUAAUGUGGAGAAAUGAAUGUAUGUUAAGAAGUGGCUGCAUUAAUUGUAUUCCUCCAGUGAGGAAAGCCUUGGCUAUGUCAACUACUUGUUUGGAAACGCGUAAUUAACUUCAUCUCUUUGCAGUAUAUAACUGUCAUUUGCUUUCGUUUUGGUUUGUAUUUUCCAAAUGCAAACCAAAACAGUAACAUUAACUAUAUAUUUAGUCGUUUCGCCAAUUUUUAUAUGUACUGCUAUGCUAAUUAUUAACCAAAUACUGAGAGAAAUACAUUCUAUUCAACAUAUUGUGACUGUAGAAAUGAUGGAGUUUUCAGUAAGUAACACAGGUUCUUUUAAUUGAACAUUGUCAAACUACAGUAUGCUUCAAAUGAGGCAUGGAACGAGUUGGCAAUGUUAGCGAACAAAAGAAUUCCACGAAUGGCCCAUAUGAAACGGUUUGCCCACACAAUGUAUAUUCCAAACCAGCAGUCUAACUUCUGAAGAUUAUUAAUUUUGGUAUAUCUUCAGUGAAGGUUCUAUUGACUUUCAAAUUGGAUUGUCCUCUUGCUAAAAUGUUUACUGAAAAUACGUAAUAGAAAGACUAAUAUAUGAACUACUCAAUCUUGUCAAAAGUUCACCAAAACGAAUACAAAACGGUUUUAGUCUGAUAGUCUUUCUAUUAAUUUUUUAAACUUACAGUAAUCAGGGAUACGCCAACUCAAAAACUGAUGGUUCUAUUCAGCAGUAUGAUCGUGUCUCUAUAGAUAACUAUGAAGGUUGGAGUCUGAUCUCACUAACCUAUGUGCAUAGUUUUCAGAAUUAAUUGGCUCCUUUCCAGAGCCAGUGACUUCUAUCGAUGGAUCAUCUCCAGGAUCCGCUAACGGAAAAACUGCUAGAAAAAAAGAAAAUUUAUUGAAAUCAAUGAAAAAACAAGAAAAGAAGAAAAUUGCAUCACAAAUGUGCUUUAAAGGUAUUCUAACAAUGAAAACAUUGGCACCUUAGCUAAAACUUCAGAAUGUGCUCAGAAAUCUGGAACAUGCCCACCAGGUCCUCAAGGACCACCAGGAGUCAUCGGAAAGCAAGGAGAGCCCGGCUUAAACGGACAGGAUGGAGUCCAUGGACUUUCUGGAAUUAGUAUCUCGGUUGCUGGUGGAUGCAUUGUAUGCCCUGAAGGGAAGAAGGGGAAACGUGGCAAACAAGGAGCUAUAGGCAAGAAAGGGAAGAAUGGAAAGGCCGGACGAUCUGUGAAAGCUGUCGUUGGAAUUCCCGGACCGGUCGGCGACAGCGGAUACAUAGGCUAUCCUGGACUUCCUGGUGAACCAGGAUCACGAGGACUGUCGGGGCGGAAUACAAACAGAUAUAUUAAUCUGAUGGGACCAGUGGGACCACCUGGAAAACCAGGUUACCAAGGAGCGCAAGGUCCUUCUGGAUUCGGUUGGUGAAUUGUAAACAUUUUCUAAUCUCAUUACACCUGUGUAAAGUUUUACAUAGAUGUCAUGUCUUGUAAUUUCCUUGAAUAUGAAAUCAUUUUAGAGUACAACACGGGGCUUCUAGGACCCAUUGGAAAUUCAGGUCGUGAUGGAACACAUGGCAGGAUAGGGAAAUCAGGAAAUGUAAGCUACUUCCUUUCACAAAAAUUCUUUGUCGUUUUUUAUUCAUUCAUUGUAUCUUUUAGACUGGUGUGAUGGGCCCGCCAGGCCGUGAUGGCAACUAUUGUGAAUGUCCGCCGACAUCGAGAAGACGUCCUUUUUAG